AUGGAUUUUCGUUGCCUUCUGAUGUUUAUCACUCUAAGUCUCAUACUGAUGACAGCCCACGGAGCCUUACCUCCUGAACGUUACUGGGAAAGGAUGCUUCCAAAUACCCCAAUACCCAAAGCAAUCAUAGAGCUUCUAAACCUUGGUGUCAAAGAUUCUAAAGAGACUCAUUCACCAGAUGAAGAUGAAAAUCCACUCUUCUUUUAUGGUGUCAAAGAUUCUAAGGAGGUCAGCUCACAAGAUAGAAAUCCACUCUUCUAUUAUGGUGUCAAAGAUUCUAAAGAGGCCAACUGGCAAAAUGAAAAUCCACUCUUCUUUUAUGGUAUCAAAGAUUCCAAAGAGGGUCUCUCAAAUGAUGAAAAUCUAUUUUACAUUUAUGGUGUCAAAGAUUUUAAAGAGGUCAGCUCACACGACAUAAAUCCACUCUUCUUUUAUGGUGUCAAAGAUUCUAAAGAGACUCUCUCAAAGGAUGGAAAUCCACUUUUCUUUUAUGGAGAGAAAGGUUCUAAAGAGACUCAUUCACAAGAUGAAAAUCCACUCUUCUUUUAUGGUAUCAAAGAUUCUAGAGAGUCUCUCUUAAAGGAUGGAAAUCCACUUUUCUUUUAUGGUGUUAAAGAUUCUAAAGAAGUUAGCUCACAAGAUAGAAAUUCACUCUUCUUUUAUGGUGUCAAAGAUUCUAAAGAGGUUCUCUCAAAGGAUGAAAAUCCACUUUUCUUUUAUGGAGUGAAAGGUUUAGAGGCUCAUUCACACGGUAAAAAUCUACUUUCUUUUUAUGGUGUCAAAGAUUCUAAAGAGGCUCUCUUAAAGGAUGGAAAUCCACUUUUCUUUUAUGGUAUUAAAGACUCUAAAGAAACCAGUUCACAAGAUGAAAAUCCACUCUUCUUUUAUGGUGUCAAAAAUUUUAAAGAGGCUCUUUCAAAAGACGAAAAUUUACUUUUCUUUUAUGGUGUCAAAGAUUCUGCAAAUACUCAUUCACAUGUUUUGCAUGGGAAGCCAAAUGAGGACAUAGUUUUCUUUGAAGAAGGCCUACGUCCAGGCACAAAAUUAGAUGCACACUUUGAAAAGAAAAACUACACAGCCCCAUUGUUUCCUCGCCAUGUUUCAAAACGCAUACCAUUCUCAUCAGGAAAGAAGAAAGAAAUAUUGAAAAUGCUUUUUAAGCAACCCAAAUUUGAGGACGUUAAGAUGGUAGAAAAUGCUUUUUCUCUUUGUGAAACGCCUGGAGUAACUGGAGAGGAAAAACAUUGUGCAACUUCAUUAGAAUCCGUAGUGGACUUUGUCAUUUCUAAGCUUGGUAAGAAUGUCAAUGUCAUUUCUACAGAGGUAGAAAGUGAAACGAUGUCCAAAAAAUUCUUAGUGAAAGAUGGAGUGAAGAAGUUGGCAGAUGAAAAUGUCAUUACUUGUCAUCCUUUGGAUUACCCAUAUGUUGUCUAUUUUUGCCAUCAUUUAUCCCAAAAUACUACUGCACAUUUGGUGCCUUUGGAGGGAGAAGAUGGGACUAGAGUUAAAGCUGUAGCUUUAUGCCACAAAGACACAUCAGAAUGGAAUCCAAACAAGGCAGCAUUCAAAGUGCUCAACGUCAAGCCUGGAACUGUUCCAGUGUGUCAUAUCAUCCCCAAGGGCCAUCUUCUUUGGUUUUCCAAGUAG